CCCUUCAUUCAUUUGACGUUUGUGAUAAAAACAUGUUUUAUAACAUGUUGAUUGUUAUUGUUUUGGUUUAAAAUAAAAUUAUUUAUCACUUCUGCUCGCUAAUAACAGUGUUGAAGUAUUGUUAUAAAAAAAUGAUUAAUUUUUUGUUUACACUACUUUUGUAUGCAUCAAGUUUUUCUUUUAUAGGUGCUGAAAACAAUUAUUCUGAGAUUGAAAAGAACGGGCAAGAACUACUGUUGUGCCGCAAAUGCGGCGCUGAUGUGGCCGAUUCAUAUUAUUUAUUUAGUAAAGAAAGUCCUGGAGCUCAUAAAAUUGAAAAACAGAACUUAUUUGGCAGACAAAAUGUCACAGUACAAACUUUAGUUAAUCCAUUUGGAAUACAAUUUGAUAUAGUGACUGCUGAAAAGGCAAGAUGUGAAAGUAUAGGGGCUAGUCAAGGAGCAGAUUCAUGGUUCCCAGGAUACACUUGGCGUAUCUGUACCUGUCCACAUUGUGCUCAACAUUUAGGAUGGACAUUUGAAAGCUCUAAACAGACAGAUGAUGACAAAGAUAAUGUUAAAACCUUUCAUGGACUAAUAUUAGGCAACAUUCUUGGAGAGAAUUUUACAGACUCACUCAUUAUGUUGCCAAAGGUAUAUAAAAUGUAACUGCAUAUCUACUAGUCUGUCAGGAAUAUAGAAGGAAAUCCAGAUGAAUUUGUUAAAUAAAAAUAUUGUACAAAGAA